GGAGGGCUCGGGGCACGCGCUCUGCCUGCCAUGGGCAUUUCGCGCGACUCGCAGCACAAGCGGCGGCUGACGGGCGGCAAGAAGCCGCACCACCACAAGAAGCGCAAGCAUGAGAUGGGCCGCCAAAUGGCGAUGACCAAGAUUGGCGCGAAGCGCAUCCACCCUGUGCGCUGCCGCGGCGGCAACAUGAAGUUCCGCGGCAUCCGGCUGGACACGGGGAACUUCUCGUGGGGGUCGGAGGUGUGCACGCGGAAGACGCGCAUCCUCGACGUCGUCUACAACGCCUCCAACAACGAGCUUGUGCGCACAAAGACGCUUGUCAAGAGCGCCGUGGUGCAGAUUGACGCGACGCCGUUCCGGCAGUGGUACGAGGCGCACUAUGGCGCGACGCUCGGCAAGAAGCGGAAGGACAAGGCGGGGGAUGAGAAGGACGCGACGCCCGUCCAGCGGUCGAGCUCGGUGCAGAAAAAGAUCGCGGCGCGCCAGGCUGAGAAGAUCAUCGACCCCAACAUCAACUCCCAGUUCGACACGGGCCGUCUCCUCGCCUGCAUCUCCUCGCGGCCGGGCCAGUGCGGCCGGUGCGAUGGCUACAUCCUCGAGGGCAAGGAGCUCGAGUUCUAUGUCAAGAAGAUGGCGCGUAAGAAGAAGUAGACACAUGCCGCUGCAACUUCCGCCCCAGCGCGCCCAUCUUGUGGUCGAUGUGAGCUAGCUCGGUGGAGAGCGGCCGCAGGCCCACGGCAUGUUGUGCGAGUAUGUAUGUAACUAGUGAGAGCAUUUGGGUUUGGGGAGGGCGCGAGUGGGAGA